AUGACUCCCAAAAAAAAAAGCCACAAAAAUUACCAACCUCACAAAAAUUACGAAUCUCACAAAAAUUACGAAUCUCGCAAAAUUUGCCAGUCUCGGGAAAAUCGCGAAAGCCACCAUUUUCGCAAGGUGCACAAUUUUCACUUGAACGAUAACGAAAUUUUGAGCCCUACGAAAGGAGGCAUAAAAUUAGAUGUGAACAAACUGAGCAUCCUAAAUUUCCACGGUACACCGAGGAAGGAGGAACAGAAAAAAAAGCAAAACCGCAUCCCCGAUUAUGAGCAAAUUCAAAAUAACACUCAAGACUUUUACACUCAAUUAAAUCAAAGAAGUGAUACGCCUAAGAAAAAUCUAAGCACAGUCACCACGACUGAAAAAACGAAGAAUCGGAAAGAGAACCACAGCUUCGAUUCUUCGUCUUCGAAGGUGGAACUAAGGAAAAGCCUCAGUAAAAAAAACAGACUUACACACACAUACAAUUAUGACGAUAUGAGAAGAUCUCCCAGAAACCUGAAUACAAGUAAAUCCGGCACAGAAAAGGAGAGCUACAAGAAGAAGGAUGUCGAUGGAGGGAAAGAAAGCAAAAGGAACUCCGAGAAGGGCAAGGUGGAUAACUCCUAUGGCGAUGUACGAAUCCUUAGGAGCGCAACGAAGGAGAAGUCGGUGAGGAGCAAAGCAGAGCAGAAGAAGGACGAGAAGAAAGUGAUCAGCGGGACGCGCUCCAGUGUGCUCCUCAAAAGAAAAAGCGAAUGCCUGUCGAAGGAUUCCUACGUGUAUAGCAACCUGGUGAAGAGGGCGAAAACGGGGGUGCCCCAGGGGGGUGGCCACAGUCGCAGCGGAAAGGGAAGCAAGGGGAGCAACGGAAACAACGGACGCAACGGAAGCAACGGAAGUGAUGAAGACGGCGAUAGCGACAGUAGCGGCCUGGGCAGCGGCAGACCCAGCCCAAGGCGCAGCUCCUCUGCUCAGGAGCAGACGCAGAAAAGCAACCAGCCACUUAGACACGCCGCAACCAUUAACAAGCGAAGCAGCAUGCUCCCCGUGAGCGAGCAAAAAGGCAGAGGCGCCAGCGAGGCUAAGGAACAACACAAAGAAUUUACAACCGAAGAUGUCGCCAAGCUUACAAAGGACUCUUCCAUCAAACUUGUUGAGAAAAACUCCUGCCAAUACGAAGACGGAGUGAUUUAUGAAAGUUUAUUCAUCAACCAGGUGCAGUACAGCAUUGGAGAUGACGUGAUGCUUUUGUGUAUGCCUAGCGGGGAAGCCAGCACGGGGAUGAGCGGCAGAACGGGGAUAAGCGGUAGCAAGGGGGCAAGCAGCACCACGGGGAUAAGCUGCACCACCGCCCAUCGCCCGAGCAACAACAAACAGAGGAAGAACUACCAACUGAGGAAGGGCAAAAUAUCGAGCUUCUACCAAAACGAAGCGAGCAACCAGGUGGAGGCAGAAGUGUGCAUAUACUUUGACCAACACGACGCAGCAUACAUAAAGGAGCUGUCCGAAAAACAAAAAUCCAGACGAUCCAAGGCAGACUUCGAAGUCUUUCUGGACGAAAAGACGAGAAAUUUUUACCUACUAGGAAAUAUAGAAUUUAAAAUAUUAGACGCGAAAAUGAUUCUAAAAAAAAUCAAGGUGUAUAAUGAGAAGAGCCUCUACGAUGAGGAUAAAAAGUCCAAGCAAGGAAAGGACAAGUUCCUUUGCACUCACUACCUAAAAGAAAGAGAAGAAAGAAUAUGCGACUUACAGAACAGUGAACACUGGGAUAAUUUGGUCCUAGGUUCUAGCGACCUCUACUACUCCUUCUCCAACAAUAAAAAGAGUAGCAAAAAUAAGUCCCUCAAAUUGAUUAUAGACAAGCUAAAGGAGAACGAAGCAGGCGGGAAGAAAAGCCAAAGCGGAAACUCCACAAUCAAUCCUAGUAGUAACAGCAGCACUCGCAAUAGCGCUAGCAAAACCCCAAGCAGUAAAGCCAAGGCGAGCCCCAAUAGGGAAAGAAGCACACCGAAGCAGAGUGCACAAAAGAACCACAACGUAGAUAUAAAAAAUUUCAUAAAACAGGACCAAGAAAAUUAUUACGUGAAUCUACUACGAAACAUAACAGACCCAACAGAUAAGGCCAUCCGAAUGAUGCAGCUAGAUGUAGUCCCAAAAUAUCUCCCCUGCAGAGAAAAAGAAAUAAAAGAAGUACAUGGAUUCCUCGAGUCAGGAAUUAAACAAUCAGGUAGUAAUCAAAUUCUAUACAUAAGUGGAAUGCCAGGAACAGGAAAAACAGCCACAGUAUAUAGUGUCAUCCAACUACUCCAACACAAGACGAAGCAGAAUUUGUUACCCGAUUUUAACGUCUUCGAAAUUAACGGAAUGAAUGUAGUACAUCCCAAUGCAGCCUACCAAGUGCUAUACAAACAACUCUUCAAAAAAAAGCCACCCAAUGCUUUAAACGCUUUUAAAAUGCUUGACAGACUCUUUAACCAAAAUAAAAAAGACAGCCGUAAUGUCUCCAUACUGAUAAUUGACGAGAUAGACUACCUCAUCACAAAAACGCAGAAGGUUCUCUUUACUCUCUUCGAUUGGCCAACAAAGGUAAACAGCAAACUAGUUCUAAUAGCUAUUUCGAAUACUAUGGAUCUACCUGAACGGUUAAUACCUAGAUGUAGAUCCCGUUUAGCAUUUGGAAGAUUAGUAUUCAGUCCAUAUAAAGGAGACGAAAUAGAAAAAAUUAUAAAAGAACGAUUAGAAAAUUGUAAAGAAAUAAUUGAUCAUACAGCUAUACAAUUAUGUGCUAGAAAAGUAGCCAACGUUUCUGGGGAUAUUCGAAAAGCUUUACAGAUAUGUAGAAAAGCCUUUGAAAAUAAAAGAGGCCAAAAAAUUGUACCUAGAGAUAUUACCGAAGCGACAAAUCAGCUAUUUGAUUCACCACUCACUAAUGCAAUUAAUUAUUUACCAUGGCCAUUCAAAAUGUUUCUCACAUGUGUCAUUGUAGAGUUAAGAAUGCUUAACGAUUUUAUCAUUCCAUAUAAGAAGGUCCUGAACAGAUACAAGGUUCUUGUAGAAACAAGUGGAAAAUACAUAGGGAUGUGCAGUAAUUCUGAGUUAUUCAAAAUAAUGUUAGAUAAGUUGGUAAAAAUGGGUAUUCUACUCAUUCGUCCUUAUAUACCGCUCGAAAGUUUGGCGAAAAAUAAAAACAAAGAAACGCUGCUUGGUUUUAACGAAUCGUCGAAGAAGAACGCUCCGGAGGGCAGUAAGUCCACUAGGACGCAGGUCAGUGCAGAAAUAGAUAAGGAGUCUGGAGAUAUGGGCUUGGAGCUCAACGUCGAAACGCAGCUCAUCAUCACUGCACUCAUGAAGGAUGCCGAGUGCUCACGGAAGCUCAACUUUUGCUAG